AUGGCGGUGGCGCAAUGCCCAGUGGCGAAUCUUCUGUCGAUGGACAGGGGGCGGCAGGCCGGCCGCAGAUCCCCCUGCGGAUCAAUGGCAUGGGCGGGGCGGAGGAUGGGCGGGAGGCGCUGCAGGGCGUGGUGGCGUGGAGGCCGCACACCGGGCGCAAUGUCCUGCUCACUGUGGGCCCCGCAGCGCUUCUGCUGGCCGCUGCGCCUGGCCACGCCGAGGGCGAUCUGCCGCGCGUCGCCGGAGGGUCGCAGGCCGCCGUCCGGAGGCCCGGCGCCGACGGGCGUCGAUGAGCUGCGCACGGAGGAUGAGGGGGAAGACGAGCAGGAUGAUGCGUUGGGGGCUGAAGAGGGGCCAGAGCCUGAGUUUGACGUGUAUUUUGAGGAGGUGGAGGAAGACGAUCUGACCACGUCUGUCGCGGUGGACCCGGCGCCCGCUCCCCCGCCAAUUGUCCAAAGGGGUGGCCCAGUGUGGAGUUGGGCGGCGGCAGGUGCAGUUGCAAUGCUGGUAUACAUGUCUGUGUGGCGAUGGCUCUUUGGGAACCGUUGGCACAAGCGACAUGGCAGGGAGGCCCUAGUAAACAGGGAAGAUGUGGCGACCAGAGCUCUACUGGCUGGUCAAGAUACCGAGCCUGUGGAAUGGGUCAACAUGUCUUUUCGCAAGGGUACCAAUUGCAGGGUCAUGUUUUCUUGCUGGCUCCCCACGUUGCUGCCUUCUGAAAUCCUUAGAUAUGGCGCGUGUACCAGCGCGGCCUGGAGAGAUGGGUCACACGUCUCCUUCAGCCUGUGUUCGAUGGAGUUGUGGAAAGAGGGAAUGUUCCCCCAAUUGUACAGGGCCUGA